AUGGGGAUCAGCAACCGGCUCCUGUUCUGUCAGUGCACCGCCUACCUGCUGGCCUUCGUGCUGGCGCUGUUCGCCGCCGUGCCGCUGGGUCAGGACCAGCACCAGCUGCGGGGGCGCUGCCUGCUCUACGGAGCGGGGCGCUGGCAGCGCCCGAACGGCAGCUGGAGCGCCGGCUGCGCGCAGGCGCACUGCUUCCGCCUGUUGCACUGGGGUCCGCCGUCCGCCUGCCGCUACAGCCUCUUCAUAAGCAUCUUCAGCUGCGCCUACUCGGCGCUGCAGGGCUUCAGGAGCACCUACCUCCUCUACAGGGGCUUCGAGGAAUCACCCUUUUCAGAAUUUGUAAGCAUGCUUCUUAGCUGCACCAUUGCUUUGCUGAUGCUGGUUGCCAGUGCCACAGUGAGCGAUGGCCUUAAUAUAUGGUGCAACUCAGUCACAAACAAGGGUAACAUGACAAUCAGCUGCAGAGAUGCCCAGGAAGAACCUCUUAAUCUGAAUGAGGUUCCUACUUUGUUUUAUGAUCACUUUGGUACUGCACAGUUUGGCCUCUGGUGUGCUUGGAUAGUGUGGAUUGUAUUGGCAAUACUUGCUUUCUUGAAAGUUUCUCAUGGUCGCAGUAAAGAUGGCUUUUCUGUACAGUAUAAAGAGACACUUCUAAGCCAGCAAUCACAAGGAUAUUUUCGUGGACAAGUGGGCAGUGUGUUCAUCUAAUCAAAUAGAAUAUAAUUGAUUGCAAUUCACUAAUAUGAAAAGUGGGAUCAACAUGUGAUCAUACUGUAAAAUGUCUUGUGACUGAUUAUAGUGGUUGUGACUUUUCCAACCUCCACCCCCUGCCCUGAGGAUUGAAUCUAUCCACAGCUUAACCCUGUGCAAAAUUUCCAUUUACUGGCAGAUAUCGAGCUCUCUUUUGGUCUAAUUUUAUUUCUGUUCAGUAAAUGGAUAAAUUGCCUAACACUUAAUAAAGAAUUCAGAAUGAUCCAGAGCAAAUUAUCAGAUCAAUUUCUUCUAUAUGCUUAAUAAAUGAGGUUUGAGUAGUUUUCUGUUCACUUGCAGUUCAUGGCAGUGGGAAAUUGUUACAGAAACCAAUUUUAAUGAGACACUGCUUAUACAAUAUCUAAAAUUAUGGAAACUCAGCAUAUAGACUAUUAGGGUACAUAGAAUGUAGUUUGAAUUUUCAAUUAAUUUUUACUCAUGUGAGUAUGCUAUCCCCAUUGCUAAUUUAUUCUUUGAGGAUUCAUUUUUUUGGAAGAUCAUUUAUUUAACUGGUUAUUUUUGUUUUGGCAUCUCUAGCUUUUGGGGUUGGAAUUGAUGGAUUUAUCUGAAAAGAUGGUUUUCUGGCAGUUUGGCUACAGUUAAUGUUGGAGUAAUCCAAAGAUCAUUGACCCUUUGAAAAUGUAAUCAGUGUUGUGUAAUAAGCAUAUGUUGUAACUAAGCAUUCAAUUUUUAUGAUUUAAUGAAAUCAGAUUGUCCUAGUAGAAACCCUUCAUAAUGCAAAAUGUGGUUGAGAUCUGAUCUCAUUUAAGAUGCCAAAUUAGGUAAACUUUUAGUUCAUGUUGAACUAAUGAACUUUGUCAGAAAGCAGGCUUCAUGCUAACUCCACUUCCAGCAAGAACAUGUAAAAUAAUGCAUGGUAAAUGUUUGCAGCUUUAAAAAAAAACUAUCUUGUGUACAAUUUGAUGACAGCGUGAAGGUAUUUACAGAAUGAAACAAAAUGAUUGGUUUGAGAAAGAUGGAGACGUGAUAUCUGGUUAAUUGUCAAAAUAUCAAAGUGGAUCACUGAGGAUGAUAGAAUUCAAACCUGUUCCACUGAUCUGAAUGCUGUUAACUGCCUUUAACUAAUUUCAUAGAACAAUAAUUAAUUGUAAAAUAUGUCCUCCCUGCUUAACAUAGCUUCAUUAGGGAAGCAAGACAUCUAUGUACGCACAUUGAGGAAAAGCAAAUCUUGUUUAAACAAUUGAAUUUGGGGAUAUUCAGAAUAACACUUGUAUUACAAAAUUUUCUGUUUUUUCUUUCAGAAACUGUUUAUUACAUGGAACUAUGCACUUGCAGCAUUGUUCACUUUAAGUGUAUCUGAUCUCAUUAUUCAGCUGGUUUUUUUCUGGUCAUGGUUUUAUUCAUUUAGACUGCCAUAAGUACUCAUUCUACUGAUGUCUAAAUUUUUGGCCAAGUCAGUUUCUUAACUGUUGAUGGGGACAGAAUUUUAUUGCACCUGUUACCAAUCCUAGUAAAUACUCUGCUUCAAACAACUUUUUCCUUCCACAGCCUAAAAUCUUAUUAGUGACUCAUUCACAUUUGCCACAGCACUGGGAUCAGUUAAUUUUCCCAAGUGACUUGCCAAGUUCCUCCCAAAAAGUCCAUCCUUGCUCCAAGGACUGUAGCUUGUGUAUUUGCUAAUCUGCACUCUCUUCCAAACCUAAUAGGUUUGGAUGAGCUGGCAACUUGUGUAUAGGAAUAGAGGUGCUAGUCUGAGUUUCAGAAAAUGUUCUCAAAAUGCUUUUGCAACAUCCUAUUUAAUUGCUGCAGAGAAAUCAAAAGCACCAUCAGUGUGUAAAUUGGAAUAAAUAAUCUUUCACCUUCUCAUGAAUUGUGUGAACUUCACAAAACAUCUGUUUGUUGUCAGUGAAAACCAACUGAUCAAACUGUGGUAUUCUACACCAAAUUAAAACCACCAAACAUUAGACCUCCUUAAGUACAGAGUACCGAAUGGCUCUUUAAUGUCAUCCUUCCAUAGAAAUGAUUCAGGUGAUUUUCUUCCGCUACCCUACCUUGCUGGUCAUUGUGGGUAUUGAUCAGUAUGAUAUGGCACUCCUCCAUCAGUCACAAUCUUAGCUUCUACCAUUUUGUGUCCAUGUUCCCAUAUCCUGGGAAUGUGAUUUUUUUUAACCAUGCAUAUUCCACUUAGUAUCUUACAUGCCAAGGUUCCUCCUUUCAAAGGUCAAAGCUUAAACCACCCAAAUGUAUUUCUAACCCGUCCUGUGCCACCACAGAUCAGCUUUGUGUUGCAUCACCAGAGCAUUACAUUCUUCAGCAUUGAAUGCUUCAAACUGUUAAACUACUAGUUUGAUAUAGUUCAGCAUUGCUUGCAAUGACUGGCCAUGGAUAGUGCUGAUUCUUGGCACUUGCACAACUCCUUCAGCACAUCUAGCCAAUUCUUUCAAGGCAAUGGUGGCAAAAUGUGGCCUGGAGGUAUAGCUGGCCCACAAUUGAGUAUUUACAGUCUACCAUUGUGCUGAGAAAAAGGACCAAAACUCUGCACAGAUUGGGCCUCACUGGGGUUCAUUGAGAUUGUUGAUGGGUACAACCAUGCCAAAAUGGACUGGCUUGUCCGAAAGAGUGCAGUGAGCUGGAUUGGUGUAGUGUAAGCUGAACACUAAUUGCAUUUUGGACACAAAUAGACAAUCAGUGAAAGUUAUGUUGUUUAACUACAGUAAAAGUUCUGCACCAGAACAAAUGAAAUAUUUAAAGUAAACUGGUUGAUAAUUGUCACCACAAAAGAUUUAACUGAACACCAAUAAAGUAAUUUACGAACUAUAAAGUGCAUUUUUCUCCUGUUCAUAUACUUUUUUUGCUAUUAUUGCCAUACUUAUUUUUUCAGAGGCACCUUGGAGCUGAAUAACCUUGGCAUUGUGGGCAUUUUCUAUUGUACUUUAACUAACAAAACAUGUUAUUUGCAUUUAACCUAUGGCCAAGCAAACAGGAAUAUAGGCAUGGGCAGCAUGGAUCAAAUGCAGUGAUUGGUUAUUCAUCAGUCUGUAAAUUAGUUGAAUUUUAUUUCAAAUAAACAUGAAAGCAGUAUUUAAUUC